AUGCUCCGGACCCCCUUGGCAACAGAACUCCGACUAGUGGGGUCCAGAAGUUACGGAUGUCCUACUUAUCUUCUCUUUCUCCUGUUUCUUUUCCAGCUUGUUGCUUUAGAGAGACAAGUGUUUGAUUUUCUGGGAUACCAAUGGGCUCCAAUUCUGGCCAAUUUCCUCCACAUCAUCAUGGUUAUCCUGGGCUUGUUCGGGACAAUCCAGUACAGACCACGCUACAUUGUGGUGUACGCCAUCUGGACAGCCAUUUGGGUCACCUGGAACAUUUUCAUCAUCUGCUUUUAUUUGGAAGUUGGCGGUCUUUCGAAGGACAGUGAACUUUUGACUUUCAACAUCUCCCAACACCAGUCAUGGUGGAGUGAGAACGGUCCUGGUUGUGUAAGGAAGGAGACACCCAUGAUCGGCAUCAAAGGUCUGGACAGCCAUUCAUACGUCUCUGUGAUCGGUUGUGCGUUGGAAUACCGUUACAUCGAGGUCAUGCACAGCGCACUGCAGAUUCUGGUGGCGCUGGUGGGAUUCGUGUAUGCCUGUUAUGUUGUCAGUGUUUUUACAGAAGAAGAAGACAGCUUUGAUUUCAUUGGUGGAUUUGACCCAUUCCCUCUCUACCAUGUUAAUGAAAAGCCUUCCAAUCUUUUGUUCAAGCAGACAUAUCUGCCUGCAUAAGUGACAAGGAUCCAGUGACUGGACAGGCGGAAAGCAUCCAUCCACAACGAAAGGCCAAAUGUUCAGCCAGGUGCCAGCGGCAGCCAAGGAAUGGGAGAUGAGAUGCCUUCUACUUUAAAGAGCCCGCCUCCAUGGGAUUACUAUCCUGUACUUGGUCCUUCACACCAACUUAUUGUCUUGCUGGCACCUACUCAGAUGAUGCCUCAUUAGUGGAUGUGUAGGUUUUGUUAUGAAUGAAUGAAAUGGAAAGAUGAUUUCCUUCUUCCUCUCCCACCCCCACUCAUGCCCUACCUUCACUCCACUGGGAGUAUGAAGAGAACGUUUGGAAAAUACAUAUUUGACUCUUUUCUUCUGUACGAAAAUAAAAUGCACCGCCUCUGGAUAUUUCGAGGCAUAAACUUUGUUAUUAUCAGUGGACUGAUUCCCACUCCCCCUCAACCCCCACCUACCCUGAACAAUCUCACUUUGUAGUUUCCGUUAAUGGACAAGCUAUUAAUUAAAAGUAUCUGUUCCUGGGAAUUUUUCUAAGUGUCAUAGAAAAAGGAUUUGGGACAGUCCAAUCCUUAAAUUCCCCACUUGCUCUCUUUCUACCAUCAAGUACCACUAACUAAUCUUCACUUAGGACAACUAAAAUUGGUUGGAAACUUCCCUGGCUUCUAGGCAAGCAAAAUAGUCCUGUUAAAACCAUAGAUGAGGUGCCGGAUUUAUCUCCAAUCAAUUAAGAAGGUGUCUUGACUUGAUCAUCCGUUAUUGCAUUUUCAUUUAAAAGAAACAUGUGCUAGUUGAAUAAUCAAAACCAAAGGCUUCAGAUAUGAACAUCUAGGGAAAAAAUUAAGGUUACACACAAGACCACAACACUUGGCACCUUGCAUGGCUGUAUGUCAAUGUUGGAUUAGCAACAUCUCUACCACUUUUUAAUUGGAGAUGCCACAAACUGAACCUGGGUCCUUUUGCAUCUUGUGUCACAAAGCUGCGUGACCCAAUUGCAGAUUUGUUAGCACUGUUAUGACAGGCCUACAGUUUUCCACAAUGUGUAUUGCAGUGAACCUUUAAGGAUGAAGAUUGAGGAGCGGAGGAAGGGAAAACGCAGAAGUGGCCCAUUGUUUUUAAUGGUGGUGUUAGUAAAGACUCCCAUGAGUUGAGCUUGACUCUUUAAUGUCGUCAUGGACCCAACUAUACAGUUUUCUUGGCAACAAUGUUGAAGUGCUUCAUCAAUGCCUUCUUUCAGCAUGUUCGGUUGACUUUGUACUUGAGCUUACAGCCCUGGUACUCCUGGAUGGUUUCCCAUCCAAGUCUUAACUGAGGAUGAUUAGUUAAGCUUAGUUUCUGAAUCCAAACAAGGUCACCUAGAUGCUGUUAUCUGUUGAGAUGCAAUCUUCAUUUUACCAGCAAAAUAUAUAUUAACAUCUAGGAUGUGGAACCUACGGUCAAUUGGGCCACAUAGAGUGGUACAGGCUAAGAUUCCGACCAUCCAGUUCUUCCACAACCAUAGACCCUGCCACAUCAUGCAUCACUCCACAGCGGUGAGCAUUG